CAAUCCUUAACUCUGAUUUAUUUGCACAUUCCGCUGGUUGAUUCUGAAAAUACAAUAUCAGCAUCAGCUGAGCGAAGAUCUUGAGUGACACGCUGUGGAGGGCCGGCGACAAUUGCGACAAGCCCGGCUCAUCAACAACAAUGACUCAACGCGUGGUGGACAACUUAUCUGGCCAGGUAUACACGGAAAUCGCCUCAGUGCCGGCCAGGUUUCUGAAUGGCCCAGCUUGGAUUCAUGAAUCCCCAUUCUGGCCAGAGGGGUGGGAGGAAGGCAGUCCUUUUGGGGCCUUACCGCUCAAGCAUAUCGCGAUGAAAAAGCUUCUCGCAGACCAACGGACUCUAACUUCAAAUUUAUUUGAGAAUGUGCCGUGGCAACUUGCCAGCUACCUUUGGGACUGUCUAGAGAGAAGAGAACUCUACACAUGUGGAAAGUGUUUGCGACUGCAUAUCCUGACCAAUUUUUCAAGGUCGAGCCGUACAGAUCUAUGAAAAUUGAAGGGCCCCAGGCUUCAAUGACAGAUUACUUGCGCUUAGCAACGAGUGAUGGUCUUAGCUGGCAAACUGUGUUGACACUGGGGCAAUCAUAUGCUGACGUGCACGAGCUUGCGAGUCUCGGAUCUGUGAAAAACCUGGUUGCCCUUGAGAUUGCUACUCCUGAACAUCUAGCAGCAAAUAUCGAGGUAACCAAGCCACCAGCAACGGCUCUGACUGACCGAAUCAUUCGGUGCUGGAACGAAGAAGCAGAAUCAAGUGAUCGAUUCAGAUAUCUUCGAAUUGUAGUUUUGAAAAACCAGUGGCAAUUGACCGAAUCAUCACUUAUCUACUUGUGGAGGCUGCGCACUGUGCAAUACCUCGUGGUGUAUGGAUGCCCCAAGCUGAUCCCCGAAAUUUCCAGGAUCAGACUAGCUGGCUGGAUGGUAGUGGACGAAAAGCCAUAUCCACCGCACACGCUCUAUGAGUUCUAUAAGGCCUGUUCCGAUGCAUUAACUGGAGACAAAUCGAUACUAGCAGCCCCAAUCCUCGACUUUCAAAUUGGGCAAAUGCCGCCUCCACCCCGUCGCAAACGAGGCAAGGGUAUAGACCGUCUGUCCGCCAUCUAUCUUCAGCGCAUCGAUUCCGACACCAAGAAACGAAAGGGACACCAAGCGCAUCCAAGUCAAAGUGAACAAGUGCAGCCGCGAAAGGCCGUGAUGAAGAAUCGUACGAAGGAUAUCGGCGAUAUGCUUUGUGAUUUCUUCUAGGAAGCAGUGCUCGCCAAGUCAAAUCAGCUACCCGAGUGUCUUGUACGCUUUCCUGUUGGGCAAAACUCUUUGAGAUCUGAUUCUGUUAUGUACAGAGCAAACUAAGUGUUUAGGGUUUUGUAGAGAUUGGAGCCACUUUUAAUCUGACUAUAUACCAUGAAGUCAUAUGGGGUUGUGUACCGAACAAACGAAGUAAGCCCCGUCAACCCCGUCCACUUCUAGUACUCCAU